CCAAAAUACAUUCUAUGCCUGACCCUCACCAUAUACUACUUUUGUGGAUACAAGUAACCCACACCACAAUAUGAGUUCAGAUACUGCAUGUUUUCUUAUAAAUGGGCUAAUCUCUCCAAAGAAUAGUUAUCUCUUGCUAAAUAAGUUCAAAUAUUCCCCAAAAAACUAGUCGUUUUAAACUGCUUCUAGUGAUUAAAAUCUCUUAUAACCAUAAUGUGGAGUUUUCGUGAUAAAUAAUCACGCAUAAUAGUGUUUUUGAGUUUACAACGAAAGUGCUUUCAUUAGUCAGAUUAAAAUAUGACCAUGGGAGAAAAUUCUACCGAAAAUUGAUGAAUUCCCAAUCGAUCCUAUCUCAACUAAUAGAUUAAAGCAACGUUGUCAGAUUAAUUAUCAUAAAACUCUGAAUACUAAGAAGCACAAGAAUUUGCAAUAGAUGUCGAUUAAAAAUUCCCGUGAUGAUUAUAAGGAGUGAUAGAAAGAGAAAGUGAAGAAAAUUCGUAAAAUGCUUAAAUUCGAAAAAGUACUCAUAGCAAAUCGAGGUGAAAUCGCCUGCCGUAUAAUCCAGUCAUGUAAACGAUUAGGGAUUCGCACUGUCGCUAUUCACAGCGAAGUGGAUUAUUUAUCUCGUUUUGUGUCUAUGGCGGACGAAGCAGUAUGUGUUGGUCCAUCUCCAAGCGCCCAAUCUUAUCUAAAUAUCUCUGCUAUUUUAAACGCUGUGAAAUCGACAAGUGCCCAAGCAGUACACCCUGGUUAUGGUUUUUUGUCAGAAAACACUCUUUUUGCCGCGGAGUUGGAGAAAAUGAAUGUUGUCUUUCUUGGUCCUAAUUCUAGGGCUAUCAAAGCUAUGGGAGAUAAAAUUGAGAGCAAACGAAUUGCUAAUCAAGCUAAAGUUAAUUGUAUCCCAGGUUAUGAUGGAGAAGUGGAUGACCCAGAUGAAGCUGCUAGGAUUGCUGCUGAAAUCGGUUAUCCUGUUAUGAUUAAGGCAUCAACAGGUGGUGGAGGUAAAGGUAUGCGUAUAGCAUGGGAUGAAAAAGAGGUUCGUGAAGGUUAUCGACUUUCUAAAUCGGAAGCAAAAGCCAGUUUUGGAGAUGAUCGCAUGUUAAUUGAAAAAUUUAUAGACAAUCCAAGACACAUUGAAAUACAGCUACUGUGUGACAGACAUGGGAAUGCAAUUUAUCUUAAUGAACGGGAAUGUUCCAUUCAAAGACGCAAUCAGAAAGUCAUUGAGGAAGCACCUAGCACAUUUUUGGACUCAGCUUUGCGUAAAGCAAUGGGUGAACAAGCUGUCUCGUUAGCCAAAGCAGUCAAUUAUGAUUCUGCAGGAACCGUUGAGUUUUUGGUUGAUUCCAAACGUAAUUUCUAUUUUCUUGAGAUGAACACUCGACUUCAAGUAGAGCAUCCAAUCACUGAGUGUAUAACUGGUGUUGACAUUGUACAUCAAAUGCUUCGAGUUGGUAAGGGGCAUCCUUUAAUGCUAUCUCAGUCUGAUAUUCCCGUGAAUGGAUGGGCUUUUGAGUGUCGUGUAUAUGCUGAAGAUCCAUACAAAGCGUUUGGUUUACCGUCAAUCGGGCGCUUACGUACCUACAGUGAACCUUUGCACAUACCUAAUGUCCGCUGUGAUAGUGGAGUCAAUGAAGGAUCGGAGAUCUCUAUAUACUAUGAUCCUAUGAUAUGUAAACUUGUUACAUAUGGACCAGAUCGUCAAACUGCCCUAAACACUAUGACCAAAGCUUUGGACAGUUAUGUUAUUCGUGGUGUGACUCAUAAUAUUCCUUUGCUUCGUGAUAUUGUCACCGAAAAACGUUUUGUAUCUGGGGAUAUUUCGACAAAGUAUCUAUCUGAAGUGUAUCCUGAUGGAUUCAAAGGCAAAGUACUUGAUCAAAAAGAACUAGAUACAUUGAUUUCUGUUUCUGCAUCUAUAUUUGCCAAAAAUGAUGCACGCAUUCAAAACUGUUCUGGGGAGUCACAAUGGGAUUUAGUUGCAUCUCUCAAUGAAAAUAGUGCUAAUAGCGAUCCUAAAAGUCGUUCGUAUAUUCGCUGCAUUGUAACACGUGACUGCUCAGGUUUUCAAGUUCGUAUGUCACCGUGGGAACCUCCCAAACAUAUUAACCAACAGGAUGUUCAUAUUACUUCUCAGUCCUCCAAGUCUCAAGAAUCACUUGUUAGUGUAGCUGAUAAUUUUAAAUUGUCUGAUAAAAUUAUAAACCAUUCAUAUGAUGACAAUGAAGUGAUUCUGCAAUUACUGGAUAAAAGUAUCAAUGCCAUUUGCCUCCAAUAUCUUGGUACUGCAUUUUCCAUCGAGAUAAUGAACACAACGGCAGCAUGGUUUCGUGCCGCUUAUAUGCCUCCAUCCCGUGUUAUUGACUAUGGUUCAAUUUGUAUUGCUCCUAUGCCUGGUUUGGUUCGUUCCGUUGCAGUCAAGGUAGGUGAUCGAGUGAGCGAAGGUCAAGAACUAUGCAUAUUAGAAGCUAUGAAGAUGCAGAACAGCUUGACAGCAUCUAGAUCGGGAGUUAUUAAAAAAGUAAAUUUCAAAGCUGGUGAUUCUGUCAGUGAAGGUGAUAUUUUAGUUGAAUUAGGAAAAUAGUAAACUUACCGUUAUUCUACUUUCCUUAUUUUCAAGUUUAAAUAUCAUAUGAAUUUAUUUGUAAAGCAUUUGUACAAUAUCUGUGUAGUGUUGUCUACUUAUAUCCACAUAAGUAGUAUAUGGUGAUGGUCAGACAUAGAAUGUAUUUUGGCAGAAGACCGAUAAGGAAAGAACUGAAGUGAAGCACAAUUGGUAUGAAAACGCAUGAACAAUGGAAUUAAAGAAGAUGGAUUGGUAUUUACAGAAGGGAAUGUGAAGAUUGAGACAAUUGAUUGUUAUUUUGUAAAUUAACUGUUUACUGUAUGAUUAUCAGAAUUUAGUGAGGUAGUCUGUAAUUUGUGCUUAAAUACAUUCGAUUAUCUUCCACUUGUGUUCUUGUUCACUACAGCUGCUCAAUUCAUCUUUCUCUUCAUUUAUUAUAUAAACCAUUAUUUUGAUCUGAUUAUGUAAUUGUUUAUUGAUCUGUUCUUCUACUGUGAAUUUUUUUUGUUUUGCUUAUCAACUAUUCAUCCGUUGCCAUCAUCAAUUAUGUUUCUUGUGAGAAUAAUAAACAAUAUUUUCCUGCUAGUCAAUAAUUAUUUCCUUUUUGCUAGCGAUAUAUAUAUAUAUAUAUUUGAUGUUGAAUAGACGAAAUUUUUUGUGUAAUAUAGUUGUACAGUAUUGAUCUAUUGAAUAGAUACAAUUACC